CAAGCCGUGCGGGCGGAGCGAGGAUCCAAUGCAGCCUAUUGCAAAGGCGCGGACGCCAGUUUGGGGUUUAAACGUCCUAUAAGAAGCAAAGGGGCUCCGGGUGCUGUUUAGUCCCCGGGGAUCGUGCUGUGUGGGGGUGGGACACGGGCGGCCCAUGGCGAACCUGUCUCAGUGCCUGGACGAUGCGCCCCUCCGGGGGUUCCGUGCCUGGGAGCCCGGCCCAGCCCAAGCCUACAGCGAGGCGCAGCGCCUGGCCCUGGAGGUGCUGGUCGCCUCCGGCUUGCAAGCUUUCCGCGCAUUCCUGCGCCGGGAGCAGAUGCGCUCCUUCCUGUCCGAGCCGGAGAUCCACGCGAUCCUGCAAGCCGUCGUGCCGCCGCCCGGGACCGAGGAAGGUUCCGGCGACCACUCCCUGAACGGCUCUUUGGAUUGCUCGUCGCUCACUUACUUCCCUCUGCAGUCGGACUUGGAGCCCCCGGCGCUGGAGCUGGGUUGGCCGGCUUUCGUCAGCGGCUCCUACCGAGGACUCACGCGGGUGGAAACUCAUUUCCAGCCCAGCUUCGGCGAGGUCAUCUAUCCCUGUAAGGAGGCGGUGCGCAAGCUGAUCCGAUCGGCCCGGGAGGUCAUUGCUAUCGUUAUGGAUUCCUUCACAGAUAUGGACAUCUUCUACGACCUCCAUGAUGCCUGUAGAAAGAGGCUGGUUCCUGUCUACAUCCUUUUAGAUCAGGCCUUUCUCUGUCAUUUCAUGGAAAUGUGCAAAAAACUAGAAUGUUCUCCUGAACAAGAAUAUCUAAUGAGAGUCCGAACUAUUACUGGGAACACUUAUUGUGCAAGAUCAGGAGCCAAAAUAAUUGGGAGUGUCCAUGAGAAGUUCAUGCUAAUUGAUGGCAUCAAAGUUACUACAGGCUCCUACAGUUUCACGUGGACUGAUGGGAAGCUGAACAGUAGUAACCUAUUGGUGCUCUCGGGCCAAGUGGUUGAACAUUUUGAUCUGGAGUUCCGAAUCCUUUAUGCGCAGUCGAAACCGAUUAAUCCAAAGCUGUCAUCCAGCCGUAAGGACGUUGGUGCUCUCGAUCACUUGACAAACAUGUCAACGCCGUGCAAAGACUUCACUGUGGGUAAACUUCUGAGAGCAGAGUUUGCUAGGCUUUCAAGCUCUCCCAUAAAACUUGAAAGAGAAGUCGCUAAAGGAAGUCGGAUGAGUGUGAAACGGCCACACCUCAGUGGGUCUUCUGCUGGAGAAGAAGACUGCCUUGUGAAUGGGGUCGAGACUCUAGAAACGCGUAAAGAGAUAAAAAGUCAAUCAACGCAGACUGAAUCCUUCGAGAAGCCCACAGUGACUUUGUUUAACUCUGCAACACAAACCAGUGUUUCAGUGGCAACGGCGGGCACCCAAACCACUGCUCGAUCUAGAAUGGUGGGUACUCAGACAGUAGCUGAGUUCAAGACAGUCACAACACAGACUGGCAACAGUGAAGCUACAGAAAUGGCCCUGGAUCAGAAAGUACAUGUUCAAAGGGUACCUGAUCAGAAAGUACAUGUUCUGAGAUCACCUGAUCAGAAAGUACAUGGCCAGAGAUCACCUGACCCGAAAGUACAUGGCCAGAGAUCACCUGAUCAGAAAGUACAUGGCCAGAGGAUGCCACCUAAAGAAGCAUCUCCUGUUUACAGGAAGUCCGCUUCUUCUAAAGAAGCAUCUCCUGUCUAUAGAAAGUCCACCUCCACUUCUUCUAGUGCACGGUCUCUUUCUUCCUUGUCCUCCCAGUGUUCACGAGCGAGUUCUGUCGGUUCUCUGACAUCUCUUAGGUCUUUGGACUACCCUUGCGGUCACCGAGCAGAUUAUUUCCGCAAGCUAAACAAGGAGAGGGAAUUCCACUACUCUGUCAUCCGGUCCAAGCUUAACCACAUGGUUUCCAUGCUGUCUAGGAGGGGAAAUGUGGCUGACAACUACUGCCGUCCUGUGAGGUGUAACGUAAAACCUAGACGGCAGAUCAGCACCAGCUUAAUAAACCUCAGAGAUUUUGCACUGUAUUCAUCAAAUGACUGCUUCUAAGUAAUGGUGCCUGAGUGCUGGUACACACAAAGCUGCUUCAGUCGCCAGACAUUUUGGACACUUCUGAGAAUUUGAAUUAGCAUUUAGAAUACUCACUUGCAUGGCUAGUGAUACUGAAAUCAUACCAGAGAGAGCAAAGAGGUUUCCAUGCAGUUUAUGCUUUGCGUGCACCAGUCCUGAGAGCUGCAUUUUCUAUGCACUCAAGUCCUUUUGAUUCUUUAGUCUGUUGUUGUUUUUGUAAAGUACAUCUUCUGCUGCUUUGUCUAGCUGAGAGAAUUCUUGUCAAUGCACUGAAAUACUUGUAAGUUUUUUUUAAAUAAAAAAAUCCCACAAGUGCCUCCUAUAUUAUUUCUGUCUCUCAAUAUUUAGGCCCCCUAAAAUGAAUUUUAACUGAUAGUACAUUGGAUUAUUAAAUGAUUCACUACCACAAGGUACUGUUCAUAAUACUGCCGUUACUAGGGACACAGCAUUAAAGUUGUGAUGUCUCCUCAAA